AUGUCUCUGCACGGCCCCGCCCCUACCGACGCUGGUUCUAGCAGCACCGUCGGCUAUCUCGUUACUUCUAUACUUUCAGAACAUGAGACCCUUCGUGCUGAGAAUGCCGAUCUUCGUGCCCAGCUCGCAGUUGCUCGUCAACAUGCGGACCCCGUUGCUGCUGCCACCAUCAACGAUCUUCAACAGCGUUAUGAGCGCGAGCGCGAGCAUCACGCCGCCACUCGCAAAUCUUUGAACGCUAUGCGCGAGGCUUGGGACGAGUUCGAGCGCCACUCUGCAGUGCUUGACUCUCGUCUUCACGACGCUCGCAAGGAGGUCUCACGCGUCAUGGGCGAGUCCGUCGGGUACGCUCACUUUCAGCCCCCGCCAAGUCCGAUGGUUCUCGCUGGUGCUGCUGCGCGUGUGGCUGGUACCGCACGCACUUUACCUGUCUUUCCUGGAAUGCCGGCGACGUUACCACCAACACCGGUUACGAUGCCCACGCGUCGGCAUCGCACCGAUAGUAACGAUGAACGUCCAACAAAGCGUCACCGAGUUGACGGCCCGCGCCAUGUCGGCGAAUUGCCUAUCGCCCGCCCGCCACAGUAUCUGACCGGUCCGGGUGCUGAUCGCGGCUACCUCGCUGCCCCAGCACCAUCCUUCGCUUUCCCCUUGGCUCGUCCAGCAGCCUCUUCGACAUCGCCCAAGCAGAAUGGUGUCGUUGAUAUGGGUGGCCGGCCACGCUCGCGUGCUACUACACCUACUCGUAGCCGAUCACGCUCGCUCUCUGUAGAGAACAUGCUUCUCGACGCCGCGGGCGACUCGCCACUCGCGCAAUCCGCGACUGCGGCCAUUGCACCACCCAUGCAGCAGUACCAGACGCACGUAUUCCAGCCGCCAGUCACCGGUCCACCGGUCAAGCGUACGCAGACUCGCCCGAUUGACAAGGCAGCUACCCUCGGCGAUCCGACGACGUCUCCCAAUGGCCGCGCUCCUAUCAUCCUGCCGCCCGGCGGCUUCCCCGCCACAAACGACAAGGGACAACGUAUCUGUCGCCAAUGCGGUCUCGCAGGUCGUUACAAAGAUGGUAAAUGUGUCGAGAAGUGGGGUCCGGGCCCAUCUGGCCCUGGCACAGUCUGCGAUAGGUGCCGCAAGAAGAUGAAACGUGUCGAGCGCCGUGGUACUAUGGAUCCGAUCGCUUUGGGCCCCCACAAUAUCUCUCCUCCGCCCUCUGGCAUUCACGAACGCGAGCCUGAGAGGGUCUCUGCGGCGGUUACGCUCCCCGCUCGUCUUCCUGGAGCGCCCGAGCUCGCGCGUAUUUCGCCCUUACUUGUUGCACAUGUCCCACACCAGGCGCACCCGCCCAUCGCCACUCUCGGCGCCUCGCCACCCCCACGCGCUCGCGCUGAUUCAGCCUCCUCCCACUCGCAUGUCAGCGCUCAUUCUCCAUCUCAGCAACGCGCUCUUGUGCGCCCACGUAGCAUCAGCGAGAUAGACAACGAGAUCGACGUCGAUGCCGAGGCAGAUGAUGACGAUGAUCUUGCCAACGAUCUCCUUGCCGCCGUUGACGCCAGCGAGGGCACUAGUGGCAGCUGGGCCGUUAAGCGCGAGGCCGUCGAGGUUUGA